GCGCAAGAGUUGUUCAGAGCGCUUUCUUCCAGUGAGGAGGGCGGGAAAGAAAACUGAAGGAGGGAAGAGAGGCGCUUUCUCGAGAGGAAAGGCGUGAGGAGGUCUCUUUUCUUUAUGGACUCAGGAGUCGGAGGGAGGAGGCAAGGAAAGCGGCCUCUCCCCUCCCCGCCUUCUUCCCUCAGUCAGUCCCUGCAGCUCUGCCCCCUUGACUCCACAAAAAACCCCCCUUGAGUUUUUCUUUCCCGCCUGGGAGAAGCGUGGCCCUGGCUGGGGCUGGAGGAGGAGGAGGAAGAAGGUGGGCUGAAGAUGGAGCCGCCGCCACCUCACGAAGCCCCCCGCCGCUCGCCGGAGGAGGAGCGGUCCCGCUCGCCCCCGGUGACCACCACCGCCAGCUCCUUCUCCGCCAGCUUCCCCUCGGGCUCCAGCAGCCUCGCCUACGACAAGGAGUUCCUCAGGACGCCGCCCGGGAUCCUCAUGGUGGCCGAGAUUAUUCUAGGGUUGCUGGUAUGGACACUGAUUGCUGGAACAGAAUAUUUCCUGUAUCCUGUCUUUGGCUGGGUGAUGUUUGUGGCGGUGUUCUACUGGGUUCUUACACUCUUCUUCUUAAUCAUCUAUAUGACAAUGACAUACACUAGGAUCCCCCAAGUGCCAUGGACCACAGUUGGUCUCUGUUUUAAUGGCAGUGCCUUUGUUUUGUACUUCAUUGCCGCCGUUGUAGAUGCCUGCGCAGUCUCCAAAGAACCAGACAGCCAUAACUAUAACAGCUGGGCUGCUUCCUCAUAAGAAUUGCUCACAAAAAGUGCUCACAUCCUUGCAACAAAGGCUCCAUGACCCACGGUCACAAUGAAGGCGAUGAUAAAAACCUUACUUUUAUAUGCCAUGAAAUAUCUUUGAAAAUGAAUAAAAGUCUGCCUUUAUUUUCUGA